GGCUCGCUCUCCAUUCGCCCAUUUCAUUUGUCGUCAGAUCCAACUACCAGCCAGAAUCUCGCCUCCAGCCCACGAUGCUUGCCACGAGAGUACUACGAGCCGCCGCGGGCGGACCCAAGCCUAACAUCACCGGCUUCAACAUGCGAGCGUUCCAAGCAUCCACCGGCCAGCCUCGAUACGAUCCUUGGGAGCGAAAUGAGGCCUGGCGAUACCAGGGCCCCUACACUCGUUGGAACCGUCUCAAGAGCGGGUUCCCUGGUCUCGGCAUCGCGACAGUCGCCUUCACUGCCUACUGCGGCUACGAGUAUUUCUUCCUCGAGGACGAGCACCACCAUGGCGAGGAGCACCACUAGAGUGGACAUUUACGGCACAUGAUAAAACGGGAAGACCUUGAACACGUUUUGGGUGUGGGGAAGUUUUGUACAUAUACCUCGUCAAGCGAGAAGGGUGUUCGGCCAGACUACGGAACCUAUCAAUUAAAAGAAAUAUUGAAA